ACUGAAUGUGAUGUGCUUUAAUUGUGCGUUAUUGUUUUUUCUUAAGAUUUACCAACCGAUCACACGUUUAUACGGCCUGGAUCAACAUUUAGAACCGAACUCCUGCAACCUUGUCGUUGGCAAAAUUGUCCUGCUGGACAUGCCAUUAAAAACAAAAACUGAACAGUGCAUUGUUUUCAAACACUAUUUAAUAACCCUAUCGAGACGCUAUCCGAGUAAAAAAGACAAUAUAAAUAUUAAUAUUCAUUAUCUAUAACAAUUUUACAAUGUCCUGUGCUAUGCGCUGGUGCAAUUCACACCAUAAGAGGAAGGAAGAAGAAGGUUAUAGCUUUCACAGAUUUCCCAAAUUAAACACCCCGGUUGGAGAGAAAUGGCUAAAUUUUUUGCGCUUUUGCAAUGAAGAUAACGAUUGGCUGCCAAGAAAAUGUGACAAGCUGUGUUCGAAACAUUUCACCACGGAUUCUUUUUUUAUAAACUUCAAUAAUUCACGUACUUAUUUAAAGGAGCAAGCUGUACCCACAAUAAUCGGCCCCGUCACUAAUAAAAAGGUUUCACGUAAUGUUAAUGUUACACAGAAAAAGAUGCCAUCAGCCUCUGACGUCAUGGUCAUGGUACCCAGCCCCAGUACCAUUGUGGGAGACCCAGAUGAGAUAAGAGAGAGUUUAUCGGCCACGGACCCACUGGGCAGCUCCAGUAGCGAUACGGAAUACCUAGAUGAAAUUAAAAAGAGUCCAUCGUCAUCCGACACCAUGGUAUCAAGCCCCAGCUAUGAAAUGGAAGUCCUGGAGGAGUUUGAUGAGGAUCCAUUAGUGACCCAAACUACUGUCGUAUCUUCUGCCAACAAAGUCCACUCGUGUUGUGACAUAAAUAAAGAACUUUCAAAAAAAAUUAAACUGUUACAAAAGUCAGUAAAUAGAAUACAAAAGGUAGCAACGCGACGCCAAUUAACAAUUGCAGCUUUGAGAGCGCAACUUAAAAGACUUAGAAAACGUAAAGAAGCUGAAAGCGAGAACCUGAUUAGGUUCGUACAGAAAGAAAUAGAUGACAAAGAAUACAUCACUGUUAUGAAGUGUUUAAGGAAGAACCCGUUACUUGAUCACUUUAUUUCCUCUGCGAGGGGGAAGUUAUCAGAGAACAACGCUGGUCUGAAGAAAUAUGCGAUGACGCUUCAUCUAGUUUCACCGCGCGCGUAUAAUUUCGUGAGAGAGGAAUUCGACUUGGCUUUACCUCACCCAGAAACCGUAGCCAAAUGGUGCCGAAGAGUGUACAAUCCUGAUCUUACUGAAGAAGAUACGGAAUACGAUCCUGGUUUUACGAAAGAAGAAUACGAAGCUAUCAAGGAGAGGGUUAAAGAAAAUGACGCCCAACCUGUGUACUUAGUUCUAAUGGAUUAAAUUGUAUCAAAGAGGAUAUAAUAUUAUAGAGCGGUACUGUCACAGUAAAUUUUGUAGCCACAGUAAAUUCACUGCCAUCUAUCGACACACUUUAAAACUAAAAAUGAAGAUAUAACAUUUUAAACUCGCGGUUUGAACACAUAUUAAAUCACAUUUACAAAAUUCGCGAUAGACCCGUUUGUAAAUGUGAUUUAAAAAUGAAGAUUUUAAAAAUACGAUAAAAUGUAUUUAAAUAUGGAUAAAUGAUUUUUUUUAGUUGCAUUAAUCAUUUUUAUAUGAUUUUGACCCAUGUUCUUUCACUGAUAUGCGAUAAAUUGGUAAAUAACAAACGAAACCGUCAACGCCCUCUAUACGAGAGUAGGCCGAAGGUAGUAGCGCCAUCUGAACGAGAAUCAAAUUUUCGUGAUUUUCGAGGCACGUUUUUUCCUUAGACUGUAUCCAUCUAUUACGGAGUUAUAUCUAUCUUAGAUGGUAUUAACACUAGGCCCGAAGGCCGAGCUUCACGUAGGGCCGAAGGUUGGUCCUCAGACACAGAACAAUAGUACACUGUAUAGUACAGUGGUACAGUGUGUAUAAGAGAAUCUGAAUAUCGUGUUACAGUGUGAAGGGCGCCCCGUGAGGGACAGAACAUACGCAAUUCGACAAGAUUAAAACACGUUUUAACACUCCUGACAACAUACCAAAAGCAACCUACGUAAUUUGGUCGGGUUUAUUGUUGUUAAGAGGCCGGUGUCGAUUUUAGUCGCAAAAAUGUAAAAUUGAUAGAUUUAGUCCGUGAAAUUUUACACCUUUUGUUACCUAAUUGAAAUAACAAGUACUGGUUUCUAUUAGCACGUCUUCUUAUCUUACCUUUUAUCAGAUCAGUUUUUUUUUUAAACAGACUCACUAAAUUAGUAAUGUUUGCUUUUCUGAUGGCCGUUUAGGUAAAGGCGCGUAAAGCACUGAUUUUGUCGCUCUUAUUUGUAAAGUUUGGACUGCUAAACAUGGUAAUUUUGCAUUACACAUAUCCUGUACUUGACGUUUUGCAGACUACAUUUUUAUUAUUAGGACUUUGAAGUAGUGUAAAUGAAAGUUAGACGAAAUCAAUUUUCUCCAGAAAUUACUUCAAAACAAGUGACAAUUUCUCUGAAAAUCGACUUAAUUUCAACGUGAUUUUGAUACUUAAACAAUCUACAACGUUUGCUGAAACUAUUCUUAUACAUCAAUUUGUAUAAUUUACCACCAUGAUUUUUUGAUGAAUUUUUAAAAACUGCCCCUUCUCUUCAUGCAUUACCGGUGACGCACGCUCGCGACCUCAUUAUUAAAAGGCAAGAUGAGAAGACGUGCUAAUAGAAAUCAAUACUUGUUAUUUAGAUAUUACGUAACAAAACGUGUAUAAUUUCAACGACUAAAUCUAUCAAUUUUACAUUUUUGCUCCAAAAUCGACUACGGCCUCUUAAUAAAAACGGUGGACAACGGAAAAGUGAGACUUUGACAAGGACAAACAAUAAUAGCGCUUUCUCUGCUACUCCUACUGAAAGUUCCACAAGAGCAUCUCGUUAUGUCAGAUGGGGAGGGGCCAUUUCCUCUCUAUAUUAUUGUACCUCUAUGGUCAAAGCGCGCUCUGAGUGUCGCUUGGCCAGACCUUACAUUGAGAACAACUGCGGCGCCCUGUAUAGUCUAUGUCAGAGCCCGCGAAGCCUUCGGCCUUCACAUUUAGACACUUGUACGACUGUUCUGUGUUUGAGCACUAAACUCUCGGACGCUUCGGGCUUUCGGCCCCACGCGGACCUCGGCCUUUGGCCUGUUUUUAAACACAAAAGUCGCGCCUCUCUUGGACGCUUUAUGUAUAACGUCGGCAGUGGACGUAUUUUGAGUAAUUUGUAUAAAAAUAUCGUAAAUUCAUUUGUUCAGUUGUCGAUGAAAAAAAUAAACCUAUACCUAUAUUAUGCAAAUGGAUAUAUUUUAAGUAAAUAUUCAUGCCAAGUUAUAUGUAAAAUUUAAUAAUAUAAUAUAUAUACAGUGUGGAAGUAAAUUAUGGGCCCUGAAGGGAAUGUACCUUAAAACCUUAAGUUAGCUCAUUUUGCUUAAAGGAAACAUUCUUUUUUUUUAUAAAUAAAACUGCACUCAAAGAAUUUUUUAAAUUCGCCUGUCUCGCCCGGGAAUCAAACCGACUAAAAAGUCCAAAAAAAUUAUAACCUCUAUUUUAUUCUACUAGAACGAAUGAAAAUUUACUUGCAUCAAACAAGUGUAUAUAUCAUGGAGAAAUAUAAGUAAAGAAAGAGUGGUAACUCCAUACAUCAGUGCGCGCGCCUUAUUUCGUAGUCGCCAUCUAGCGUCAAGUAGCGGAACAGCGGAACUCUCAGUACUGCUAUUCGACAAUAGAUGUAGCGGCAAACAAAAAAUCUUAUAACCGGAUUAAUCGGAACUCUGUUCUGAACUUCUUCGGCUUGUAACAUUAGUUGUAAAUUGUUGAGCAAUACACUUUUCGUCAGUCGCGACACUCGUGACAUCUGGUGACAAGUAGCGGUACUGAUAAAUCCGCUAAUCGACAAAAAAUAUAUACGAUUAAUACAAAACUAAUUACAAUUUAAGUAUAGGUAUACCUAAUCUAAGAUUCGGUACCGGUAUUUAAACUUCUUAAUAAACCGAUUAAUAACCCGUUAAACACAAUAAUAGAAAUGUGUUGUGAGAUAUUUUAUUACAAAUUAUAAUGAUGCCUCGUAGCUUCACGAAAAUCUUUUUUUUGAUAUGUGAGUACCUGCUAAAUAUUUUGUUUAUUUGUUUAAUACUUUUAAUAGGUACAUUUAAAUAAUUGGUUACUGUAUUUCAACUAUUUACUAGAUACCAGUAUAAUGUACCUACAGUAGAGCGAUAAGGUGUAAUGCAAAAUGUAAUAUACGUAGGUAUCUUAUUUUCCCUAUACCAAAUUUUUAUUUUUAGGCAUAUACACGACUCCAGUAGAACUAAGAAAAAUACACCUAGGAAUUCAGGACAAUAUCUCUAUUUCACAAGUACCCAUAGACUCAUAUAUCCCCAGUUUAAUGAAACAAUUAAAAUCGGCAGUGGACAUCGACCAAUUUAUAACUGACGAAGCGUUAUUACGUAAAUAUAUAAGAAGAAGUCUCCAGGGAACUAUACAAUUAAAACCAGAGAGUAGACGAGUA